GGACGCGCGCUUUCCGUGUCUGGUUAGUGGACUGACAGCCAGCUGUGCGCCUACAACGACAACAACAACCUCCUGGAUUUAGCUUCUUACAACAAGAUUAGCGUUGGUCUCUUAUACCGAUCACAAUCAUUCACUGUAGCUAGUUGUGUUUUUUUAAAGUGUGUACCCGACAGCACACGGCUACAAACAGAAAUCAUCGGCGGUUUCCGUGCUAACUAGCUAGAGAGCAUUCCUCCAACAUGAAUCCGUUGUGUGGCAGAUGUAAUCUAGUCGUUUACCCCACGGAAAAAGUGAAUUGUCUGGACAAGUACUGGCAUAAAGGAUGCUUCAGCUGCGAGGUCUGCAAAAUGACUCUAAGCAUGAAGAAUUACAAAGGCUUCGAGAAGAGACCAUACUGCAAUGCACACUACCCCAAGACAGGCUUUACCUGCGUGACUGACACUCCAGAGAACCUCCGCCUCAAACAUCAGAGCAAAAUGCAGAGCCAGUUUCGCUACAAGGAGGAUUUUGAGAAGAAUAGAGGGAAAGGUUUCAGUGUGGUCGCAGACACGCCAGAGAUGAAGAGAAUUAAGAAAACGCAGGAGCAAAUCAGCAAUAUCAAGUAUCAUGAGGAGUUUGAGAAGAAGAAGAUGGGAGGAGAGGUCCCACCACAACAGCCAAGCAACCCCAGCCCAGCAGCUUUCCAGCCGCCUGCAGCCACUCAGAACUUCCACUACGAGCCUGCUCCUGAACCUGUGCGCCAGGCGGCCGCUGCUCCACCUCCCAGUGCUGGACGGUACAGGGCCGUGUACGACUACGCUGCUGCGGAUGAGGAUGAGGUUUCCUUUGUGGACGGAGACGUUAUUGUAGAUGUGCAGCAGAUCGACGAAGGCUGGAUGUAUGGCCGCGUGGAGCGCACCGGCCAGCAGGGCAUGCUGCCUGCAAACUACGUAGAGGCCAUCUGAGAGAGAGAGGGAGAGAAGAAGAGGGAAAGAAAAAGAAAGAGGUAGAGAAAGGGAGGGAAAGAAGGAAAGGAAAAGCCCAGUGCCAUCUCAUCUUAAUGCCGCUUUCUCUUGAUUUUACUAUUGUUCCCUAAUCUGUCCUGUGAGACCCUGAACCCCCCCGCCGCCCCCCCCUUUUGCAUCCUUUCUCUGCUCCAGCUCCACCUCAGACACCCUCUGCCUGUCUGUCUGUUUCUCUGUCUGUCAGUCUGUGCUGUUUUUCGUCCUCAAACCUUGCUCCACUCUCGUGCUGUCACAAGGGGAAAUCAAAAGUCUUAAAAAAUAAACUUGCAGUACGUCAGGGGUCAUUACGAGUCGCCCAGCUUCAUCCUAGUUACAGUACCUAACAAUCCUGACACAAUGUCAUGCAAAAAAAAGAAAAUUUUCCCACCACUGCAAGCAUUUGUUUGUGAAUGAAGUUAAAAGUUUGGGUGGCUGUGGCAUUUUCAUAAGCCUCUUUGAUUUCUAUUUUUCUUUAAUUUUGCAGUGUGAUCUGUGCCCGACUGGAAAUGCAGUGUAGAAUCUCAGUCUAUCAGAGCUAAGCUUGAAUAUUUUUAACUUGUGUACAUUCCUUUAACCUCUGACCGUGUUGUUGCUGUUGCACCAGUCAGCCAAUUAAUCAGUCUUAACAGAGGUUUUUGAUACAUUUAUAGACGGACACACAUGCUGCCAUUGUGUGCUCAAAGAAGGCGUCCUCUUGUAUAGCACUGCAUCACGGCUAUCGUUGUGAAACUGGAAUCGUAGCCUAACUGAAGAGCACCUCCUGUCAUCAGGGUUGUCCAUACAGGAGGAUCAGAGACAAGUUAGGGGACAUUAUCAGUCCAUCUCUUGCAGCCACACUUAUUCAUCACCUUAGUCAGUGUGGAUGUAGAGAAAAACAUAUAUACAUAUAAAGCCUCAUUCCAUUUUUGCAGCCUGGAUGUGUUAAGUUCUGAGAGAAUCCAAAUUUAAUGGUGAUGAAUAUUUUGAGAAAGGAGAUGGUUGAAGGCCUUCUUCCCUUUAUGCUGCAAGAAAACACACUCAUAGAAGAAGAAAACGGCAGCUGCCGAGCACAACUCUAUAUCGUGAUCUUUUUCAUUUCAAAUUGAUUCCACUGAGUGAACAUUCCAGUCCUUGUUUUUCCAUUUAAUGUGAGAGAAGUUGUUUAGUCCUUGGCUGUACUAAAUGUUGUCCUCCUUCCCCCCUGCUGUUCUUCUUUUGACCUUCCUUGUUAUCGUAAGAAGCUUAAUUAAUCAAGAAAGUGUUACUAAAAAAAAUAAAUAACCAGCAACUCAAUUUAUGAACCAAGGCAGAAGAGUUUAUCUAGACUUGUGCAGUAUUAGAACCGUUUUGAGAUUUUCGAACCUGCAGAUUCAGGGCAAAUGCUUGUUUCUGACCAGCAGAUCUCUUAUUCUCAAGAUUUCAUUAAUAUCACAUAUUUAAUGAAAGAUUUAUUUAAUCCUUUUGGUUCCUAAAUAUUCCACAGAGGGAGGCACAGACACUGAUAAACAACAGUAAGCUUUUAUUCUGGCAGGUGGAUCCCAAAACUAUUCUGGAUUUUGUCCAAAUGUACCAUCAUCAGGCUGGCUGUUUCUAAGGUGUAAAGAUGGCUGGUUCAUAAAAACAUAAAAUCAAGCAUUUAAGUUGCUGGUUGCUACACAUAUAUAAUACAUCAAUUCUCCACUUCAGAUACUGCAGCUCUGCGAGGACCUCAUUAGACUUUAACAUUUAUAUCUGACCAUUCCUGGUGGUGUAAAUAGUCUUAUCUGGCCCCUGACCAUACACCGCUCUUCUUCUUGACUUGCUGUGUCAUUCUCCUGUGAUGCACUGUGACUGUCACAGACAUGAGUGAUCAGGGCGGUUAAUUCUUAGGUGUGGGGUGGGGUUGGGGCAGCCAAAAACUGUUCAGCUUUAUUAAAGGAAUCAAGGCCCUCACUAUGUAGCUAGAUGACAUUGUACAAUUGUAUAUGUAUCAUAAAGAUGAGUUAGGGGAAAUCGUUCAUACAGGUCAUGGUGCUUUGGAAAGUAGCUUGCCUGCAGAAAAAAAAAAGUUCCUAUAUUAUUUUGGAAUGUGGCUGAUGGGAAGUGAUGUGAUUUUAAUAGGCAUCUCCAGUUUGGUGAAAGUUGGUGUUUAACACUUUUCUAAUGUGAUUAAUUGUUGCAGGAAUAAUAAUAAAAAAAAGCCUGAAACUGGAAUGAACCAAUAAAUGAACACUCUGUAUGUUCGCCUGUAAGUUGCAUUAACCUCUAACUUGACAACAGGACAAGUUUAUUUGCAAAACAGACGCUGGAUUGGAAAGCUGUGCCAGAGCUCAUAUUGUUCCUCUUGGAUAACCUCAAGAGAUGUUGGUUUGGUUUGAAGUGAAAUGAUUGCUGUUCCUGGCUUUAUGAUGCUAUCUGCUCAAAUUUAAUUUAAUAACAAAACUGGUAGUCUCCGAUGCAAGCGUUCGUUUAGUCUCGACGGCAUCGGUUCUUUCAGCUGGUGUUUUGGAUGAAAUGAAAAAGUGGCUAAAGCCAGCCAUUGUUGUGUAAGUGUGGCUCAGGAUAGAUUUAAGUCAAAUGUGAGUGUGUGAUGGUGUAAAGUGUGCGAGGCUGAAUCUCCCGGGCUGUGAAGCAGGGCAAGUUGUUUGUCUGACCUGGAUAUUAGUCAGGGGUUGACCUCUUUGCGCCAAAUGCGGCUCUUCUGCUCUGGCAUCACUCAUCUACUGAACCGUAACAUCAUAUCAUAUAACCAUUUUCUCAUUCAGUUUCUGUCUCGUAUCCUGUCCACCCGUCUGAUAGUCCCUCUUUCCUUCAGCCUUCAUCGUAGCCCCCUGCGCUUCUAAACCAACCCCCCCCGCCCCCCUACCCCACCCCUGCUUCUAUGAUACUGGAUAUAUACUGUAGACUUUGCAGAGUGAAAUCAUGUAAUCCUCUAUCGGGUUUAGCAUACAGACCAGUUUUGUGCAUUCCAUCUUAAAUUGUUUUGUUUUUGAUAUAUUUUGUUUUGUUUGUUUUUUAAAUAAAAAAUAAAGAACAUAUGCAUAAUGACAUACACGUGUAUUCAAAACUCAUACUGGAUACAAACUCAGAGACAAGGACCUGAUAUCAUCUCCUGUUGCCCUGUUACAGCACUUCAAAUUGUACUUAUGAUUCUGCAGAUUCAAUAAAAUGUCAUUUUUUUCUCAGA